AUGGACCAACAACAAAAUGAUCCUCAACUCGGAGAUCGAUUAAAAACAAUUGUUGGAACUGAAAAACAAAUCGAUGAGCUGAUGAAAUGCUCGAAAGAUUGUUUACAAGAAUUAUUAAAAGAUCGACAGAUAAGCAAAACAAAAAUGGAAGAAACAGCGACAACUUUUCGAAGAUUAAUUAAUCAAGUUGAAAAUGAAUUGAAUAAUCAAAUGCAAUAUUUGUCGAAUGUUUGUGUUGGAUCUGCACAUCAAGGUAAGAUCGGAAAUGGGUUUGAGAAAGACAUUAAACAUUUCUAGAGGAUUUCAAAAGAGUUUAAUUCAAAUUAAAUUUUUUGAGAUAAUUUCUAUUCCUACCCUGGCUUUUCCGAAUUCUGAAAAAUUGGUCAUAGAACGUUUUAGAUCAGAAAGAUUACCAACAAAAACAGGUCACAUUUCCAUUUAAUUUUUUUCUAGGCUCAACAUUCGGAAGUCUUCAAAAUUCGCAUCUCGCCGAAGUUGGAACAAGUUCGCUUUAUAAACGAUUGGAAGAAAUCACUGAAAAAUAUAUGCCAAAAAAUGAGGAAAUUGAAAAAAUGAUCGAAGAAGAAGAGGAAAAAGAAAAAGAAGAAGAAACUAUUAAAUUAGAUUGA